AUGCAUCUUGACGAGCGGCUGGACAAGUCUCGCGAACUCAUUGGUAAGCAGCUUGCUGCUGGCCAGCAAAAGGUUAGUAGCGCGUAUAACAAACUUUGGGCGGAAAUGGAGGCUAUGCGUGAGGCGCAGCGGAAGAGACAGGAGGAGGCGCGCGCGGCUGCUGCUGCUGCGGCGGCGGCGGGGGAUAAGGAGGGCGGUGGUGGUGGGGCGCAGAAAUGCGCGUACUUUUCUUCCUGGGGCACUUGGGCUAGCGAGAAGCGCAGGGGCUGGGCUAGUCCGAAGAUGCCUGUGCAUGCUGGUGCGGGUGCGGGUUCGCCGGUGGGGGUGGGGGCCAAGGAGGGAGGCGAGGCCAAGGAGAUGAAACAAUGGGAAAUGGAGAGUGAGAGCGAGAGCGAGCGCGAGAGCGAGACGCAAGGCAAGCAGCCGGAGCUACAGGGAGAAGAAGAGAGGGAGCAGGAGCCGGCGACGGAACAGGACAAGCAUGACGGUGCGGCCGUGUACACGUCGAUUGGCAUGGACGAUGAUGAUGCGGGAUGGGGUCAUGGCGGGACGGCGGCGAGUGUGGUGUGGGAUGCUGAGAAGGAGGGGAGGACGGGUUGGGGUGGGUGA